ACGCAUCCUCACUUGCAGUGUUCAUCCCUGACAGCCGGAUGGCAUGGGUGUACUGGGCUCCAAGACUUCCUUUUUGGCUUUCCUCCUAGGCCUCAUUUCUGGUUUUUUUAGCAUCUUCUACCUUGUGCAAAACCUGACAUGGGAAGAAUCCCUGCGUCUUGGCAUCCAGAUGCAGCAUGCCUCCAAGGAUCUAGAAAUCAUGAUUGCUAAAUCAGCUCUUAUCAGUUCUGCACACUUACACCAAACAGGUGGGGACAGCAGCGUGGCAGAUGAACUGUAUGACAAGGUGCGGAUUCUGUGCUGGGUGAUGACAGGACCCCAAAACCUGGAGAAGAAAGCCCGCCAUGUCAACGCCACUUGGGCCCGUCAUUGCAACGUGGUCAUUUUCAUGAGUUCAGCGGAAGACAAAGUCUUUCCCGCUGUAGGACUGGGUACCAAGGAAGGCAGGGACCAGCUCUACUGGAAAACCAUCAGGGCUUUCCAUUACGUGCACCAACAUCACUUUGAGCAGGCCGACUGGUUCCUCAAAGCAGAUGACGAUACCUUUGUGGUGCUUGAAAACCUCCGAUGGCUGCUCUCCAACUACUCCUCCGACAGGCCCAUCUAUUUUGGGAAGCGCUUCCGACCCUUUGCCAAGCAAGGCUAUAUGAGUGGGGGCGGGGGCUACAUCCUGAGCAAGGAGGCCCUGCGUCGCUACAUUGCCGGCUUUGCCACCAAAGUCUGUAGCCACACGUCUUCAGUGGAGGACGUGGCUCUGGGCCAGUGCAUGGAGAAGAUGGGCGUGGAGGCCGGCGACUCCCGGGAUACGAGGCAGAGGGAGACCUUCCACCCUUUUGUGCCUGAGCAGCACUUGACGGGGAAGGUCUCAAAAAGCUCCUGGUACUGGGCUUAUUGCUAUUAUCCUAUUGUGGAGGGACCUCAGUGCUGCUCUGACCUGGCUGUGUCUUUCCACUAUGUGAACUCAGAGUUGAUGUACACCCUGGAAUACCUCACCUACCAUCUGCAUGCUUAUGGUUACCGCUACCGUUACCAGCCACCUUUGCCUGAGAAUGCUGCUCACCUUCAGCCCCACCCACCCUUGGGAGAAGACCCUAAGAGGAGCAGCAACACCACUGAGUAGGGCAAGAUGUAAGGACUGAGUGCAAGUUCAGAGCAAACUCAUCCAGCUGUAGAUAGUGAGGCUUGUCAGUACCUCAAUCCUGCAGGCCUGUAUGGUUUUUAGUGUGUUUUAAAGGAAGUGCCUUUUUCCUGGAAAGAACUGAAAUGAAUAUGCCUUGAGCUCAGAUAAUUUGCUCAUCCCCAAACCUCUGUAAAUGUCCACUAGCCAAGUGAAAGGAUGUUAUUAGAGAAAUUUUUGUUGUU